AUGCCUAUCCAGUACCAGAUCGGGCCGUUUCGAGCCCCUCUCCUGCCCGACGAGGAGAGCAUCAGCUCGACUGCUCCAUCGAAGCUGUCCCACCGUUCCGAUGCCCUGCCAGACAGAGCUCCCUUCCUGCUCCGCACCGACAGCUUUGGUUCGACGAUCACCUCGUCGAAGACUUCCUACCAUGCCGAGCCGCAGCCCGUACGAGCCCCUUUCCACCUUCUGCGUACCAACAGUCGCCGUUCAGUCAUUCCAGAGAAGACAUCCUACCACUCCCUGCAUGCGGAACUAGGGGACAAAAGGGAGGAGGACUUUUGGCAGCACACCCGGAAGUCGUUCUUUCUCAAGAUUGGGGCUGUCUUUGUCUUGCUGCAAUUGCUUUUCCUGGGAAACUUGUCGUACCUCUAUGGAUCUCUGUGGGGUUCGAACAGCCGCGUCUCGUCGUUGAAUGUUUUGUGGUUGGACCUUGACGGUGGCGUGAUUGGCGACUCAGUAAACAGUGCUUAUGAGAGCCUUCAAGGCCUCGAUUUCCCUUCGCUCGAGAAGCCUUCCGAGAGCGAACUGCAUUCUGUCUCCGAGGCAGUGGACGCCGUCCGCUCGGGAUCAUACUGGGCGGCUUUUGUGGUCAACGCGAAUGCUUCGGCGAGACUUUCCCGUGCCCUUACUGGUGGCCAGGCGGCGCAGACCUACCAGCCCUCUGAUGCUCUGACAUACAUCUGGAACGAGGUUAGGUACCCUCCGUUCUCGGACGAAGCGUUGAUGUCCAAUUUCGAGCUGCUGGCGCAGGCUGCCGAACAGGAAUAUCACCACAGACGAGGCCAAACCGCACUGCGGAAUCUGGACCGAAACAACAGCGCCGCCGUGCAGGUCCUGUUCCAUCCGAUCGGCAUCUCCGCUAUGAACAUCAUGGAAACCACAAAUCCAACCCGGCUUCUGUACAAUACGGCGACGAUGGUGAUGCCGGUGCUCGAACAAUUCUUUUUUGUGUUGAUCCUGAACGGACUCUCUGAUGAACUGGGAAUAUACAAAAAUGUGCCCGCUACCACAACUGGGAUCUUCCGCGUGGCAUUUGCCUUUGGUUACACCCUCCUCUCCGCACUCGGCAUGACCGGGUACAUCUGGGCAUUCCGGGAAACAUGGUCAGUGGACGGGAAGCAGUUUGGCCUGACAUGGAUGACCUUUUGGUUGCUUCACACGGUCCACUUUGUUGUCGUCGACACGGCGGCCGCGUUCUGGCCUGUCCCUGUCAUGCCAUUCUUUAUUCUCACCUGGAUCGUGCUCAACUUGUCGAGCUCCGUCAGCCCCCUCGAGCUCAAUCCAACAUUUUAUCACUGGGGCUAUGCACUCCCGGACAACGAGGCAUAUUCUCUUUUAACAGAUAUUUGGUCCCAUGGUGCAGUGCCCGUGCUCCAUCGCGCUCUUCCGAUCUUGUUCGCCUGGCUGCUUGUUGGCGCAAGUGCAGCUAUCUUUGGUCACUUUCGCCGCUGUCGACAUGCUCGUCAAAAGUGAUCGAGGGCCAGAAAAACAGAGCUUUUAUCAGGGGUUGGAGUGGCCAUGACAACGAUAUUAAUGAUGAAACGAACUUGAGUUGUAUUGCUUGAAUAGAGGAAGGGUCAGAUCAAUGUUGACAUGGUUUUGGAUCUGGCUUUAAACUUUG